AUGAAAUUAGGAUGCAGUGAAAGUGCCAGUGUUUUUUAAUAGUCCACUCCUAUGUUCGAUAAUUUUAGUUAAAACGAGUUCACUAUGAUAUAAGCCCCUGAGUAACAAUUUUCUUGUGUCAAUGAUUUUCAUGCCGGUAAUGGUAAAAAGAAAUAGCCAAAAGAGAAGCUUAAAAUACUUAAGACUAAUGAAUUUUUGAAAUUCUACAGCUAGUAUUCCUCUUAUUAUGUAGACAAAAGUCUCUGGAUUAAGGAGGUAUUGGAAAAUAAAAAUAGAGUUCAAGUUUACUGCAGACCAAGAGGCAUGGGUAAAUCUAUGAAUCUAUUGAUGCUCUAAAAAUUUCUAGAUUAUAGAGAAAACACUGAAUCAAUAUUCUCAACUCUCGCGAUAAACGAGAACUAGAACUAAUAAAUUAUAGAUAACUACUUGAAUAAGCAUCCAGUAAUUACAUUAAGAUUUCCUAAGAUACUUAAAUCAUGUAAAGGAAUUGAUAACGUUGAAAAUGAUAUUUAUGACUUCUAUAACAAAGAUAUUAAGUCUCUCUACCUCAAUACUUUUUAAGCUGAUAUGCAAUUAAAAGAGGAGCCUAAGAAGAUUAUAAAUAAAUUAAUAGACACUCUAUUCUCUAAAUUGAAAAAACAAGUAUAUAUAUUGAUAGACGAUUACGACUUUAUUUUCACUCAAGGACUAUAUCAUGACUUUGUGAAUGAAUCAUUAGAGAUUUAUAAGCAAAUACUACCGAAAUAAUGGUUAUAUAAUGAAAAGAUUGCCAAAGUUAUAAUUACUGGCUAGUAUUGCAUUGAUAUUCCUAGAACUUGCAUUAACAACUUGGAUUCAAGUUUAGUUAUAAUGCUCAACCCAAGUUCUCCUUAAGCAUUUGGCUUCAAUGAGAAGGAAGUUAAUCAAUAAAUGAAAAACUUUAAAAUUGAUCAAAAAUCUAAGUAAAAGGCUAUGGAGUUUUAUAAUGGAUUUUGUUACACUUACACUUAGCUUUAUUCUCCAGCAUCCAUCAACGGAUUUUUGUAUGAUUAUCAGAAUAAUAAGGUUAGACAGCCAAAAUCAUAUCAAUUUUCUCAGCAUAAGCUGAUUAAUAAAAAUUUGAAACUUAUUAAAUUGGAGGAGAAAGAAUUCCUUGAUAUGCUUGUAGAUUUAUUCCAUGGUAAAAUUUAAAUUGACUAUUAUUCGAGAUUGAGAUUAGAUUAACUAAAGACCACUAUAGUUUUCACUAAUUUUCUGAUACAAUCUGGGUACCUAUGUUAAGAUACAACCAACGAAACAAUAAAGAUUACUAAUCAAGAGAUUAUGGCUGCAUUAUAUAAGAUAUAUCUUAAAAAUCUUAAUAUCAACAUAACUUCAGCUUAAAUAAUUCAAUAUUUUAGAACAGGAGAUUUUAAGAAUAAAUCUAAAAAUUUCAACCUUGAUUUUAUGAAUACAAACCUUUUGAUGAUUGAACACAGGCCAGAGGCUUACAAGCAUUUAGUAAACGCACUUUUCCUUUAAGACAAUCUAGGAGUCAUUCGAAUGAUACCUUUUAAGUUAGAAGAUAAAGAAGCAGUCAUCAUUAUUGAUGAGGAGACUAGCAGAGCCUGGAUAAUGGCCAUUAUUUUCACUAGAAUUAGAGCCUAAAUGAGAAGGCAAAAUCUCUAUGUUUUGGAAAAAAUGAAAAACAUCUAAUAUAAGAGUGAUGAGCUUCAAAACAUUAAGAGAUCAUAUAUUUGUGCAUUUGCUUUUUUUGGAAAGGAAAACCUUAUCUACUGUGUUGAAAGAAAUGACUUUAAGUUAACUGACAAAAAGGACACCAAUGAUGUAAUUGUAAGACUAUGA